CGUAUAUCUCUGAGAAAAAUUGCGCGUCAAGCUCGCAAUGGGGUUCUUCGACUUAAGCAUUCCGUACAGUUACCCGCCAUCAUCAGGCGGGAAGGAAGUCGUCGUCGGAGAAAAAUUGCGCGUGAAGCUCGCCAUGAAAGCCAUGGAACUGGGCUAUGUUGGGAUCGCACAUAACCGUUCGAUCGAAGGCGCGAUGUCGAACAAGGACAGCUGUACGAUCCCUCUUCUCACGCUUGGCUCUCUCGUCAAGGCCGCUCCUCGAUUAGCUUCUUCUGUCGGAUUCCAUCGCGAUUUGCUCGGCGUCCCGCGAGCUACUCCGUUUCGUCAGUACACUCGCGUCACGGUCAAUGUGGAGAAUAAUGCACAGUGUCAGGGUUUGAAUUCUGGGAAUCAGGUUCUAAAGAGCUAUGAUAUUGUUGCAGUUAGGCCGAUGAAUCAGUACACGUUCGAUCAUGCCUGUAAGAGUGCCGAGGUUGAUAUUAUUUCCAUUGAUUUCUCAAAGAUGUCUUUCCGAUUAAUGCAUCCCAUUGUCAAAGCUGCUAUUAAGCGAGGGAUAUACUUUGAGAUCAUGUACUCUGAUCUCUUAAAGGAUGCACAGAAGAGGAGACAAGUUAUAUCGAAUGCUAAGUUACUGGUGGAUUGGACUAAGGGGAAGAAUCUGAUUAUCUCGAGUGGUGCUCCUUCAGUCACAGAAGUUAAAGGUGCUUCUUCAGUCCUUCCUUCAGUCACAGAACUUAGAGGUCCAAACGAUGUUAUAAAUCUCAUGUCAUUGCUUGGACUCUCUACGGAAAGAGCUAAAGCUGCCAUUUCAAAAAACUGUAGGAAUAUGAUAGCCAAGGUUUUGAAGAAAAAGCGGUUUCACAAAGAAGCUGUCAAGGUUGAGUUACUGUCGUCUAGUGAAACCUUUAGCCUCGAACAGCCUCUGUCUGGAGAUUGCAUGAAAUGGGAUCCCCUCUCAAGUGGUGAAGGUGACAUGCUUUUGGCUGAUCUCGCAAAGGCUUUUGAUGCCACACGUGCUGUGGCGCACAAAUCCUCCAAGGCGAUUGAUUUCACCUCUGUUGUUAAUGGCUUGCCAUCACAUGGUUUCCGGGUUAAGGAUAUUGUAGGAACUGAACCUUUGACUCAGCCACCUGCAGCUAAGAUGAGUGACGCACUAGUGCACAGUAAUAAACAAGUUCCUGAAGUAUGUAUGGCUGAUUCAGCUUCAUGUGAGGAUAAUCUUCGGAAAAUUGAAACCACUAGCCAAAUUAAGAUGCUGAUAUCUGAAGAUGACAACAAAGUGGAACCUAGAACAAUUACUCCCCUGAGGAAAUGCAGUACCACCCAGGGACAGGGGCUUUUGGUACAAAAUCAAGCAGCCGCAUCCUUUACACUGGUAAGAUGUACAAAGUCAAAUGCAGCUCCUGAUGUUAACAUGCAGACUGAGUUGGUUUCAGAAGAUAAAUCAAUGUCACCAUCAAAAAGCGGUCACGGGGUCCCACAAAGUUCUGUUGAAAACUUAAACAGUGAAUCUAUUGUUGUUGAUGAUGAAGUUUCCGGGAUUCCACAAAGUUCUAUUGAAACUAUUGUUGUUGAUGAUGAAGAAGUCUCCGUGGACAGAGAUAGCAAAGGAGCUAUUUCUGGUCAUGCUAAUAUUGAGCACUGUGCAUCCAUUGAAGGUGCUGAUAAUGGGAUGAAAAUUGAUGAUUCUUCGGAAGCAAAACACGACGGGUACAUGGAGGUGACAAUGGAAGACCAGAAGCAUGAAACAGGUGACAGUAGUAUUAAUCUUCAUAAAUUAUCCUCUGAGACUACCGAUUUGCUAAGAGAAUCAGGUAACUCUCUCAGUACCGAGGUGGUUGAGCAAGAACAUGACCAAGUAUCAAGGUUAGAGUCCAAUAAGGCAGAAGAGCUUGGGGAAGAGCUAUCGGUUCAACACCACAACACCUUUGAGAUAGCAACGGAAGACAAGAAGGAAAGCGAGGCAGAAAUCGAAAGUAAACAUCAAGCUCAUGUCCAGUACUCUGAAAGAAACAAUGCCACAAACUCAGGUAAGGCACGAGCUAAGAAGAGUAGAGUUCGUUUAGCGCAACUACGGCUAUACAAGCCUUUUCUACUUCAAUAUCUAUUUAAACGAAUCAGUAAAAGAGGGAAACAUAGAAGAGCUUGAUGAUUCUUAGAGGCUAGAUAAGUUUUGUGCAUUAGUUUAAACACACGAAAGUCUCGUGAUUUUAUUGCCCAUCUUAAAAAAAGUGGGGGAAAAGAAAAUUUCUAAUUUAUUUUCUAAAGUUUCUUCGUGUACUCGUGUUCAAGAAAAUGUCUUUUAAU